AUGCCCGAUAGCCCAACUAAUCAGUCCUCCAAGAGAAGAAAGGGAGCGGGGAAAUGGCAGAAGCAGCAAGCUAUCAUCGAGAGUGGUGAUCGUGGCGUAUUUGUAACAUGUGAGAUGGGGAAAGAAGGAAAAUGUAUCCCAGAGGUGGUAGAUCUUUUCACGCAGAGUGUAGAAGCUCUCGACGAUGGCGAGAAAGACAAACAGUCAAGUUCCGCCGAAGAUGAUGAUAUCGAGGCCCAAAUCAAAAGGGAAGUGGAAGGCUUGAAGCCCAGCUCUUCUAAGCCGCGUCUGUUUCGUGCCUUCAGGAUGGAUUUCCCCUGUGUAAUGUUCAUAAAAUGUGACAAAUCCAUUGACCCGGAGAAAUUGGUACAUCAGCUUUGUGUUGAUGCAUAUGCCAACCCCGACCAGAAACGCUGUCGAUACAUCCAACGGAUGUCGCCAAUAAGGUCGAUACGAAAAACUCUCAGCGUUGACCUGGAAGCAUUUGCGCAGGAGAUGCUGAAGCCCGAAUUUCACUCUGGAGGGCCUCCCAAAAAGUUCGCUAUUCGGCCUGUAGUGAGGGGAAAUUCAAAGUUCAACCGGGAUACUAUCAUCAAGACGGUUGCGAGAGUAGUUGGACCAGACCAUUCCGUUGAUCUAAAGAAUUAUGAUCUUCUCAUCCUUGUUGAAGUGGUUCAAAAUUUAAUUGGAAUGAGCGUUGUUGGGCCUGACUAUGAUAAAUUGAAGAAGUUCAAUUUGGCUGAGCUUUACAAACCGUCAGAAACAUCGGAAAAAUCCGAGUCUAUGAAAUAA